UUACUCUUUAACAUCUGCUUUUUUCGAGGAAAAAGGUAAAGAAGAAACAAGACAAUCAUAGAAAAGUUGUAACAGAGGGCACUGGAAAUCAUUAUGGAUGAGUUCUGCAACUCAACUUUUUGGAAUCUCUCAUUACUGGAAAGUCCAGAAGCCAACCUGCCUCUUUGUUUUGAGCAAACUGUUCUUGUGUGGAUUCCCUUGGGAUUUCUUUGGCUCUUGGCUCCUUGGCAACUUUACAGUGUAUACAGAUCCAGGACCAAGAGAUCUUCUAUAACUAAAUUCUACCUUGCCAAGCAGGUGUUCGUCGUGUGUCUUCUUAUUUUAGCAGCCAUAGACCUGUCUCUUGCACUCACAGAAGAUACUGGACAAGCCACAGUUCCUCCUGUUAGAUAUACGAAUCCAAUCCUCUACAUAUGCACAUGGCUCCUGGUCUUGGUGAUCCAGCACACCAGGCAGUGGUGUAUACAGAAGAACUCUUGGUUCCUGUCCAUGUUCUGGAUUCUCUCAAUAUUAUGUGGUGUAUUCCAAUUUCAGACUCUGAUACGAGCACUCCUGCAGGACAGCAAGUCCAACAUGGCCUAUUCCUGCCUGUUCUUCGUCUCCUAUGGUUUCCAGAUUGCCAUUCUAAUUCUCUCAGCCUUUUCAGAACCAAGUGACUCAUCACAUACUUCAUCAGCCACAACUUCAUUUCUGAGUAACAUUACAUUUAGUUGGUAUGACAGCACUGUUCUAAAAGGUUACAAGCAUCCAUUGACACUUGAAGAUAUCUGGGAUGUUGAUGAAGGUUUUAAAACCAAGUCAGUCACCAGCAAGUUUGAGAUGAUCAUGACAAAGGACCUGCAGAAAGCCAGGCAGGCUCUUCAGAGGCGGCUGAAGAAGUCCCAGCAGAAACCUGAAGCCACACUACACGGAUUGAAUAAGAAGCAGAGUCAGAGCCAAGAUGUUCUCGUCAUGGAAGAAGCUAAAAAGAAGAAAAAGAAGUCUAAGACCACCAAAGACUUUCCCAAAUCCUGGUUGGUCAAGGCCCUCUUCAAAACCUUCUAUGUGAUGAUCCUGAAAUCAUUUGUACUGAAAUUAUUAUAUGAUGCUCUUGUGUUUCUGAAUCCUCAGCUGCUGAAAUUUCUCAUUGGCUUCGUGAAAGACCGUAACACAUAUGCAUGGGUUGGAUAUGUCUGUGCAAUCCUAAUGUUUGUUGUGACUCUCAUCCAAUCUUUUUGCCUUCAGUGUUAUUUUCAAUUUUGUUUUGUGUUGGGAAUGAAUGUACGGACAACCAUCAUGGCUUCUAUUUAUAAGAAGGCACUGACCAUAUCUAACUUGGCUAGGAGGCAGUACACCAUUGGAGAGACGGUGAACUUGAUGUCUGUAGACACCCAGAAGCUAAUGGACGUGACCAACUACAUGCACUUGGUGUGGUCAAAUGUUUUACAGAUUUCUUUGUCCAUUUUCUUCCUGUGGAGAGAGUUGGGUCCUUCCAUCUUAGCAGGUGUUGGGCUUAUGAUUCUCCUGAUCCCAGUUAAUGGAGUUCUGGCUAUGAAGAUCAGGAAGAUUCAGGUCCAAAAUAUGAAGAAUAAAGACAAACGUUUAAAAAUCAUGAAUGAGAUUCUCAGUGGAAUUAAGAUCCUGAAAUACUUUGCCUGGGAACCUUCAUUUAAAGAGCAAGUCAACGGCAUUAGGAAGAAAGAACUCAAGAACUUGCUGCGGUUCGGCCAGCUGCAAGCUAUAUUGAUCUUCAUCUUACAAUUAACUCCAGUCCUGGUGUCCGUGAUCACAUUUUCUGUUUAUGUUCUGGUGGAUAGCAACAAUGUUUUGAAUGCGGAGAAGGCGUUCACCUCCAUCACUCUCUUCAAUAUCCUGCGCUUCCCUCUAUCCAUGCUUCCCAUGGUGAUCUCUUCAAUCCUCCAGGCCAGUGUUUCUGUAGACAGGCUGGAGAGGUACCUGGGAGGGGAUGAUCUGGACACAUCCGCCAUUCACCGUGUCUGCAAUUUUGAUAAAGCUGUGCAGUUCUCAGACGCCUCUUUUACUUGGGACCGGGACUUGGAAGCCACAAUCCAAGAUGUGAACCUGGACAUAAAGCCAGGCCAACUGGUGGCUGUGGUGGGCACCGUAGGCUCUGGGAAGUCCUCUUUGAUAUCAGCCAUGCUGGGAGAAAUGGAAAAUGUCCACGGGCACGUCACCAUCAAGGGCUCCAUAGCCUAUGUCCCUCAGCAGUCCUGGAUUCAGAAUGGGACCAUCAAAGAUAACAUCCUGUUCGGAUCAGAAUACAACGAAAAGAGGUACCAGCAAGUUCUCGAAGCGUGUGCGCUCCUCCCAGACCUGGAAAUCUUGCCUGGAGGAGACAUGGCUGAGAUCGGAGAGAAGGGUAUAAAUCUCAGUGGUGGUCAGAAGCAGCGAGUCAGCCUGGCCAGAGCUACCUAUCAAAAUGCAGACAUCUAUAUUCUAGACGACCCCCUGUCAGCUGUGGACGCGCAUGUGGGAAAACACAUUUUCAACAAGGUUGUGGGCCCCAAUGGCCUGUUGAAUGACAAGACUCGGAUCUUGGUUACUCAUGGCAUUCACUUCCUUCCCCAAGUGGAUGAGAUUGUAGUUCUGGGGAAAGGCACCAUCUUAGAAAAAGGAUCCUACCGUGACCUGCUGAGCAAGAAGGGAGUGUUUGCUAAGAACUGGAAGACAUUCAUGAAGCAUUCGGAGUCUGAAGGAGAAGCCACAGUCAAUAAUGACAGUGAGGAAGAGGACGAUGACUGUGGGCUGAUGCCAACUGUGGAGGAAAUCCCUGAGGAGGCAGCUUCCUUGACCAUGAGAAGAGAAAAUAGCCUUCGCCGAACACUGAGCCGCAGCUCUAGGUCCAGCAGCAGGCGUGGGAAGUCCCUCAAAAACUCCUUGAAAAUUAAAAAUGUGAAUGCCUUGAAUAAGAAGGAGGAAGUAGUGGACGGCCAAAAACUAAUUAAGAAGGAACAUAUGGAAACUGGGAAGGUAAAGUUCUCCAUCUACCUGAAAUAUCUUCGAGCAGUAGGAUGGUGGUCCAUACUCUUCGUCAUCUUCUUCUAUGUGUUAUAUAAUGUUUCGUUUAUUGGCUCUAACCUCUGGCUGAGUGCUUGGACCAGUGACUCCGAAAACCUGAAUGAGACCAGCUAUUCAUCUUCUCAGAGGGACAUGAGAAUCGGGGUCUUUGGAGCUCUGGGAAUAGCACAAGGUGUAUUUCUUCUUAUUUCCACUCUACGGAGUAUGUAUGCUUUCAGAAAUGCAUCCAAAACUUUGCAUGGGCAGCUGCUAACCAACAUCCUUCGAGCACCCAUGAGUUUUUUUGACACAACUCCCACAGGCCGGAUUGUGAACAGAUUUGCUGGUGAUAUUUCUAAUGUGGAUGACAUGCUCCCCCAGACUUUUCGAAGCUGGUUGUUGUGUUUCCUCGCCAUAGACAGCACUCUCGUGAUGAUCUGCAUGGCCACCCCAGUCUUCGCCAUCAUCAUCAUCCCCCUCGGCAUUCUCUAUAUAUCUGUGCAGGUGUUUUAUGUGGCUACUUCCCGCCAGCUGAGACGGUUGGAUUCUGUCACCAAAUCUCCAAUCUAUUCUCACUUUAGUGAGACUGUCUCAGGUCUGCCUGUUAUCCGCGCCUUUGAGCACCAGCAGCGAUUUCUAGCGUGCAAUGAGAAGCAGAUUGACACCAACCAGAAAUGUGUCUUUUCCUGGAUCACCUCCAACAGGUGGCUUGCGAUCCGUCUGGAGCUGGUUGGAAACUUGAUUAUCUUCUGUUCAGCCUUGCUUCUGGUUAUUUACAAAAAUUCCUUAACCGGAGACACUGUGGGCUUUGUUCUGUCCAACGCCCUCAAUAUCACACAAACCCUGAACUGGCUAGUGAGGAUGACGUCAGAAGCAGAGACCAACAUUGUGGCUGUCGAGCGAAUAAAUGAAUAUAUAAAUGUGGAUAAUGAGGCCCCGUGGGUGACUGACAAGAGGCCUCCGGCAGAUUGGCCCAGAAAAGGUGAGAUCCAGUUCAUCAACUAUCAAGUGCGGUACCGGCCCGAGCUGGAUCUGGUACUGAAAGGGAUCACUUGUAACAUCAAGAGCGCCGAGAAGGUCGGUGUGGUGGGCAGGACUGGAGCUGGGAAAUCAUCCCUCACAAACUGCCUCUUCAGAAUCUUAGAGUCUGCAGGGGGCCAGAUCAUCAUUGAUGGGAUAGAUAUUGCUUCCAUUGGGCUGCACGACCUUCGAGGGAGACUGACCAUCAUUCCCCAGGACCCUGUUUUGUUCUCUGGGAAUCUGAGAAUGAAUCUUGACCCUUUCAACAAAUACUCAGAUGAGGAGAUUUGGAAGGCCCUGGAAUUGGCUCAUCUCAAAUCCUUUGUGGCUGGCCUGCAACUUGGGUUGCUUCAUGAAGUGACAGAAGGUGGUGACAACCUGAGCAUAGGGCAGAGGCAGCUCCUAUGCCUGGGCAGGGCUGUGCUUCAAAAAUCCAAAAUCCUGAUUCUGGACGAAGCCACGGCUGCAGUGGAUCUAGAGACAGAUAGUCUCAUUCAGACGACCAUCCGAAACGAAUUCUCCCAAUGCACGGUCAUCACCAUCGCCCACAGGCUGCACACUAUCAUGGACAGUGACAAGAUAAUGGUCCUAGACAGUGGCAACAUUGUUGAGUACGGCAGUCCUGAGGAACUGCUGUCCAACACCGGCCCCUUCUAUCUGAUGGCCAAGGAAGCUGGCAUUGAAAAUGUGAACAACACAGAGCUCUAGCAGCUGGUCCUGUGGCUAGUGGACUAUAAGAACAUUUUUUUUUUUUACUUUGGUUUUUGUGACUAUGUCGCAGGGGCAGAGAUACAUAUUUUGUUGUUGUUGCUCAGGUUAGCCCCAAGCUCUAAGGCUCAAGCAAUCUCUGGUCUCAGCUACUCUGUAAAAAUAUACACUUUUAAAAGAGUAUCAUAAAUAAAUAUUUAAAUAGAUAGUA